AAAACAUACGGAAAAAAUCCCCGGUGAGAGAAGAACUGAAGGUAACACGUGUACACACUAAACAUGACGGGGAGAUGAGGAAAAAAAUCCGUAAAGAGACCCUUACCAGCUGCUCCUGAGUUGUCAGGGCUUCCGCCAUCUUGAAGCCUCCGCAACGUCGCAGCGGGCGCGCCCACCAGCCGCUCAGUCACGUGACACCCCGAGACUGCCCAUAAGCAUUCAUAUGAAGGCAGAUUUUACCACCGAGAAUAGAAAAUCUGCGUUUAUCAAUGCUGCUACUGACAAUUCAUAAACUGUAGGCUAUUUGUCCAUACAUAUACCCAUUUGAUUGAUAAACUGAAUCAGAAUAAUUGACUGACCACAUACAGUUCAAAAUCUUUAUUGUAUUUAAAUACUUUCAAAAAAUAUAUGUUUCAUCUACUUUACUACCUAUUCGCUUUUUUCUUAAACGUGUAUUUCAUUUAACCAUAAACAUGUUUUCAUCCAAACGUAUAUUUAAAAGACUGUCUAUUCAAUAUCACUAGAAGAAUGAUCAACAUUAUUAUUCCUGUUGCUAGUCGUCGCUACAGUAGUGCGCCGGUCCUUCAUGGGAACGUUUGCAUGCGAGCAUUUGUUUCGUCGGACUGUUUUUUGUGGAGCACCGGGGCGGAACUUCGGCGGACUUUUUGAUUUCACGUUUGUUCGGCGCUCAACCCAUCCGCCCAACAGGAAGACUGCGUUGUUUAUACUUCGCAACCAAAAUAAUGAAUCCUACUGCGACGCUUGUUUUGGCUCAACCGCUUCCUUACCUGUAACACACACUGUUACAUUUAGUUUGUAAACUUGUGUCACGAGUCAAACUGAUGUCAUGUCAAUGAACAUCCACCUACUCACCCGUGUGACAGAAACAGUACAUCUUCUUCAGCAUGAGCACCUCGGGUCCUCCCUUGAAAAAGAAAAGCUACAUGGGGCAGCACCAGAUCAAGAAGAAAAAAUGUUUCCAAGCUCCCGAUGAGCCACCAGACGGAGGCAGACUGUUGCAGAAAACCCAUUUCAUAUCAGGCCAAGCAAACAUGAUUAGGGACAGCCUCGUGGAUGGAGGAGCAGUGCUUCCGCUGGGAGAAUCCACAUUGGCUCUUGAUGAAGAAAUGCUGCAGGUGUUGGAUGCUGUAGACCCAGUGAAGCCUGCAGCCGACAAUGUGCGUCCAACAACGGUACACGGGGGUGCACGGGGAGAGCCGGCUUCAUCAGCUGUCUUUGGCCCCCCGCGGGCUGACAGAGACCCCAGCGCCCAGGAGGGAGUCCGGGGCCGUGGGGGCGAUCGUGAGCGGCCAGGGUGGCGAGCCGACUGCAAAGACCUUGCACAGAAGCUUCUCUUCGGUGAGGACUCUGAGGAAGCGGAGCAUGCUCUGAGGGGCCCGGAGAACAUGCAGCCACCACCGGCUUCCUCCUGCAUCAAUGCACUAUACUGUCAGGAUAUCAGAAACGGUCAGCAAGUAGGCAGCUCCAGCAACAGGCAGAUGCUUCCACCCGGAAGAAAAGGCUCUCCACCUAGCGAGGACAAAAGCGGGUCAAACGUGAACGCUGAUCCACCUCUGGAUGUAUCCAGGGACUACGUCUUGUUCAGCCCCACCCGCCUCGCAGCCGCCAUGAAGAGGGCCAAACUCCAGCCAUCAUUCCAGAAUCAGUCCGCCUCUGUGCUCGCAGUCCCCAGUGGUUUAGACCUGAGUACUCUCAGCGAGACUCUGCCUCAGCAAGGCAUUGCCUUGUGUGCUCCCACAGGGCAAGCCGAAAAGCUACUGCUAUGCAACUGGGGCUUACCAAAACCUGUCCUGGAGCGCUACCAGAAACACGGCGUGAUUCGCAUGUUCGAAUGGCAGGCUCAGUGCCUCGCUGUCGGACAGGUGCUGCAGGGAGGUAACCUGGUCUACUCUGCCCCCACGAGUGCUGGAAAAACUCUGGUGUCGGAGCUGCUGAUGUUGAAACGUGUGUUGGAGACUAAAAGAAAAGCCCUCUACAUUCUGCCGUUUGUCUCUGUGGCUAAAGAGAAGAUGCAUUACCUUCAGAGUGUAUUUCAAGAGGCAGGAGUUCGUGUGGAGGGAUACAUGGGCAGCACCUCGGCCGCUGGAGGAUUCACAGUGCUGGAUGUGGCUGUGUGCACCAUAGAAAAAGCCAAUUCUCUCAUUAACAAACUCAUUGAGGAGGACAACAUGGGUCUACUAGGUAUGGUGGUGGUGGAUGAGUUACAUAUGGUUGGUGAUUCUGGAAGAGGAUAUCUACUAGAACUGCUCUUAACCAAAAUCCGCUACAUUGCGCAGAAGCAGAACGCCACUGGGUCUCUCUUUGAGGGCGUACAGAUCAUAGGUAUGAGCGCCACCUUGCCUAACCUUGCCCUCCUGGCCGGCUGGUUGGGUGCAGAGCUUUACCAGACGGACUACAGGCCUGUGCCCCUGCACGAGCAUCUCAAGGUGGGCUGCAACAUCUACAACAAGAGCCUCGCUGUGGUCCGGCGGUUCGCUCCUGCGCUCCACGUUAAGGGCGACGAUGACCACAUAGUGAGCUUGUGCUAUGAGACCGUGAGCGAAGGCCGCUCUGUGCUGCUGUUCUGCCCCUCGAAGAACUGGUGUGAGAAACUGGCGGACAGCAUCGCCAGAGAGUUCUACAACCUCAGACAUACCGAUCGUCAGGGCGAAGCAGAGCCUAAGCUGGUGUGUCUGGAUCGGGAGGGACUGGUGGAUGUCGUAGCCCAGUUGAGACGAACUCCAGCUGGUUUGGACCCCAUCCUCCAGCGAACUGUGCCGUGGGGGGUGGCCUUCCACCACGCCGGUUUGACAUUUGAUGAGCGCGACGUGUUGGAGGGAGCUUUUCGUCAGGGCAUGGUCAGAGUCCUGGCCGCCACCUCGACCCUCUCCUCGGGGGUUAAUCUCCCGGCUCGCAGGGUCAUCGUGCGAACCCCUAUCUUCAAUGGACACCUGUUGGACCCGCUCACGUACAAACAGAUGGCAGGACGGGCGGGGAGAAAAGGAGUGGACACUAUAGGUGAGAGUGUGCUGGUGUGUAAGGAGGCGGAGCGUCAGAAAGGUAUCACUCUCCUUAAGGGUGUUCUUCAGCCAAUCAGCAGCUGCCUGGUGAGAAGGGAGGGCGAAGGCGUCACCACCAGCAUGCUGCGAGCCAUCCUAGAGAUCAUUGUCGGAGGUGUGGCCAGCACUCCACAGGAUGUGCGGUCAUAUGCUUUGUGCUCACUACUGGCUGCCAGCAUGAAAUGUGACGGCAAAAAAUCAAACGAAGAGAAUAACAAAGGAGCUAUUGAGGCCUGUGUUGAAUGGCUGAUGGAGAACGAAUUCAUCAGUAUCCAGAUGGACGGACAAGAGGAGCGGUACCGUCCGACUCAACUCGGAGCUGCCACCCUGUCCUCGUCCCUCUCCCCUCCCGAGGCUCUGGGAAUAUUUGCAGAUCUCCAGCGGGCCAUGAAGGGCUUUGUGCUGGAAAAUGACUUGCACAUUCUCUAUCUGAUCACCCCCUUGUACGCGGAGUGGACCACCAUAGACUGGUACCAGUUCUUCUGUCUGUGGGAACAGCUAUCGUCGUCGAUGAAGAGAGUAGCGGAGCUGGUGGGUGUGCAGGAAGGUUUCCUCGCCAGAUCUGUCGGCGGCAAACUCGUCGCCAAGACAGAGAAGCAGCGUAGACAGAUGGCUAUUCACAAACGGUUUUUCACCACCCUUGUGCUGCAGGAUCUGGUGAACGAGGUGCCUCUGGGAACGGUGGCAUCCAAAUACAACUGCAAUCGUGGGCAGCUGCAGUCCCUCCAGCAGUCUGCUUCUACUUAUGCAGGUAUGGUGACGGUGUUCUGCAAGCGUCUGGGAUGGCACAACAUGGAGCUGCUGCUCUCCCAGUACCAGACCAGGCUGAGCUUCGGAGUCCAGAGGGAGCUGGUCGACCUCGUCAGGGUCUCCCUGCUGAACGCAACACGAGCCAGAGCGGUGUACGCUCAGGGCCUCUGCACCGUCGCUGAACUGGCCCGGGCUACUGUGGCUGAUGUGGAGAAAGCCCUGAGGAACGCUGUCCCAUUUAAGAGCUCGAAGCGCGCAGUGGACGAGAGCGAGAUGGAGGCGGCCGAGAGACGGAGCCUCUGCUGCGUCUGGGUCACCGGCGGCCGGGCCCUAACGGAACAGGAGGCCGCCGUUGAGAUCGUGUCUGAGGCGAGGCUCCUCCUUCGGGAAGACCUGGCCCAGUUAGGAGUUCAGUGGGACCCGACGACUCUUCCUCCGGGGGCUCCUGCUACGAACAGCGCCGACGGUUCAGACACCUCAGCGGCAUCGCAUCUCAGCUCACAUGAAGCACAGGUCGACAACAAUAAAAAUCAUCAGGAAGGAGACAGAGUCAAGGGAAGUGAGGGUAGAGAUACCGACGAGAAGGUGGAGGAAUAUAAACCUGAGAAAGGGAUGUCUGAAAAGAAAAUGGAGAAAGCAGAAGGAGACGCCUACAGAGACCAAAAUAACUCCAGAAAUGUAGACCGGACGGAGCCAGAACUCAGACAAACGGGAAAUGUAGUGCAAGUGGAGAGAAGCAAAGCAACAAAACAUUGGGAGCCAAAUAAAAAAUCAAUUAUGGGAAAUUACUCAGAAGAUCCAGAUGAAAAAAGAGAAGAGCAUGUGAGGUCAAAGCAAGGAGGGGAAGAGAGCGAGAAAGUGGAGCCGAAAGAAGGGGAGACAAGUAAAGAGGUCGUCUCAGUCGGACCGGAGACUUAUCGAGCGAAUCGUCCUGUUCCUGAAAGGAGCCUGACACAGGAGUUGGCCGACAUCGUGUCUAGCCCCCUGUUUCGCCCAGUGGUGCGUCCUCAGCCCUCUCCUCCCCCGAUGCCUCCCCCCCGCUUUAGAGCUUCGGUAUCCAGAGCAGAAGAACAACACCGAGUUCCUACAAGGACAUCGGACGUAGAUGGUGCCACAGGGUUCGCUGAGUCACCCGUGCAACCCGGAAGACUGAAGCACUCGAGAGCCUUAAGCAAAGUCCUCCACUCUAUACAAACUGACAAAAGCCUACAAGAUCAUGUAGAACCCUCGGUGGUUCCCUCAGUCCAAAAUCCAGUGCCUGCAGGCCAGGUGCCUACAGCCGUUCGAGCUCCUGAAGAAACCCCUCCCGUUGUUUCCGCGCCCACAAAUGCAGAUAUGUUGGACUCCCCCCGGACCACCACUCCUUCCUCCGUUCCAUUGUUCUCACCCGAGGCGAAGCGACGGAGGAUGAACGGCAGAGAGGCGGAUAAGUUCUCGUCUCCCGAGCUGUAUGCGGGGGACGAAGAAGAAGCCGAGGGACUUGUUAAAAGAGGAGAAGAGAGUUUCGGCGACAGCGUUGAACUGGACACCCAGACAGAGAGACUCAUCGUUCAACAGGCAUGCCAACGCAGAGAUGGGAACGAUGGGAAUCGGCUGGUAGAAUCAAAGAAGAAAAGGGAGGAGGAAAUGGUAGACGCAGCUGUAGAGAAGGAGACACUUCAGAAAAGUAACGCAUGUCCCAGAUUUGAUAUUUCUCUCACAGACAGCCAGAUGGAGCUCAUCCUUGACACCAGCCACCAGAUUUCUCCAGGUCCAGGUGGGGAUAAUGUAGUUGAAGGCGGUGACGAGGACGCCAACCCGGCUGCCUCCGAGAGCAUCAACAGAAGCAGCAGCUUCCUGUUCGACAGCCUGUACGACAGCUCCCUGCUGGCCGGUCUGAGCCCGCCGCGGAUCCCCGGCCAAUCGGACGAAGAGGAGGAGUUCGUCGGCCGGGAGGUUGGAGGUCCCCCUCCAUCGAGCCAGGAGCGAAGGCGCAGUGAGCUCCUCGCCAACCAGGAGGCGGAGAAGCAGGAGGCCGUCCAGUGGGGCGAGUCCUCCUUCAACCUGUCCGAGUGGGGUGACUCGCUGCUGGUGGGCGAGCACUUUAUGGAGAGGCAGAGCUUGCUCAGACACACGGAGAGAACUCAUGAAGCUCAGCGACCCAACGGCGAGCACGUUCAGACCGAGGAACAGCUGUCAGAGUCACAACCCAAACCCAGGCAGAUACAGCCACAACCCACCACUACAACCACAACUCAAAAUGAGUACGACCAGGACAAAGCCAGCAAGAAUCAAGGCCUUGCACACACAACUAAACAGCACAGUAACGCACAAAAUGGCAGUAAACCAGGCGGGAGACAGGAAAUGAUGAAUGAAGAGGGUGACAAUGGGAAACAAGUAAAGACAAAAGAGGAAAUGAAUGCUUUGCUGUCACCUAAUGCAGUCUUAAAACACCCGCAAGUCCAGAACGCAACCGAAAGCUCUUUUUAUUGCAGCCCUGGUUUGCAAGAGAUCUUUGACCGCUGGCCUAGUAUGUCUGACCAGCCCUGGCUGAACACCUCAACGGGCCAUGGAGCCUGCAAAAACACUGCAAAUACAGCAGACGUUCCAGAUCGACCUCAGCACUCGAUGCAGGUGGACAGAGAUGGGGCGAGGUCGAACAUGCAGGCUGUCGCUGCGGGGAGCCAUUCUCCAGAGGAACAACACGACCUUGAGAAUGUAACGGAGAGACUGGGCUCUGCUGGCGAUCUCAUUCCCCCGACUCAGGAAAUGCCGCCCGUCACCCCCAGAGUAAAACUGACCACCUCAUCCGUCCGGUCACCUCUCAUCGCUCAGCCACUCGACCGGUCGACUCCCUCAGCCCUCCUGCGGAAGAAACCGGCAAUCGCAAAAUGCCCCGGAUCUCCCCCAGGACACGGCAAUCCUCCAUCAGAUGCUGUCGCUCACACCAAGCAGCUGGAUUCCACGUCGGAUCGCAACGACAAACGCCAGCCGGGUUCAAAAACGAAACCCCAUCCGCACGCCAGCCGGAGCCUUAGCCCUCCACAAGACCACGCAUCUCCAUCCCCCACCCGGCAGAAGCUUCCCUCUGAUGCAGAAUCGCCUGGGGCUGGAGUAUUUACUCUUCAGCUGUCCCAGGAUGCAUCGCUCUCCCCCAGCAGCUCGGGCACGUUCUCCAUCAUUGACGUGGCGAGUGACAGGCGCCUCUUCGACGCUUUUAUUAACGAGUGGAAGACAAAGGAGCGCUACUCUCUGGCUUUGGCCUGUGAAAAGAGGGAACACAGUCAGCAGGUGGAGGAGCAAAUAGGAGGAAAACACAAGAGAUCGUCAGCAGCUCACCAGAAGCUCCACAGGGCCGACGGUUUUCCGGUAAGAGACAGCGAUGGACUGGUGUUGAUCGGACUGUCUGUCUGCUGGGGAGCAAGAGACGCGUACUACAUGUCUCUGCAGCAAGAGCAGAGCAAAGGUUUGAGCUCCAGUCUGGCCCCUCCCCCGCUGGACGUCGACUUGCGAGUAAGCGAGAGGCUGCGGCAGGCGAAGAACUGUCUGACGCGGCCAGCGGCCGCUCACAGAGGGGGCGUGGUUAUCGCCUAUGACAUCAUCGAGGUGUACAAGAGGCUAGUGCUGAGCUGCGGCGUCGGCUUAGAGGGAAACUGCGAGGAUCCGAAGGUUGCAUGCUGGAUGGUGGACCCUGGCAGCGAGGAGAGGACUCUACCCAACAUGGUGACUGUCUACUGUCCUGAGGAGUUGCCUCUGCUGGACGGACUUGGGAACGCACACGCACACUGCCCACGCGUUAGGGCGGCGACCAAGAGCGUGCUCGUGCACUCCGUCAUGAACCACCUCAGUGGCCUGCUGGAGAAGGACGGCAUGUUUGGUUUAUUCCGGAGCGUCGAGAUGCCCUCCCAGGUGUCUUUGGCGGUGUUGGAGCUGAACGGAUUGGGCUUCAGCGUCCAAGAGUGCGAAAGACAAAAACACGUGAUGCAAGCCAAACUCGCAGCGCUGGAGUCCCAGGCGUACGACCUGGCCGGACACAGCUUCUCCCUCACCAGCGUCGACGACGUAGCACAGGUGUUGUUCUUAGAGCUACACCUGCCUCCAAACGGUGACGUGGGCGGACCGAAAAGUAAGAAGACUCUUGGCUACACCAGGAGAGGAGCGGGCGGCCGAGUACGACUCGGCAAGCAGUUCAGCACCACCAAGGAUGUUCUGGAGAAGCUCCGCCCCCUUCACCCGCUGCCGGGCGUUAUUCUGGAGUGGAGGCAGAUCACUAAUGCCUUGACCAAAGUGGUGUUCCCCCUGCAGAGGGAGAAGCGAUACCACACCACACUGGCCAUGGACAGAAUAUACCCCAUCGCCCAGACGCACACAGCCACAGGUAGAGUGAGCUUCACUGAGCCCAACGUACAGAAUGUCCCCAAAGACUUUGAGAUUUUCAUGCCAGCGGUGGUGGGGGAGAGCCCACCGUCACAAGAUAGCUGUCACAUGACCACCAAAUCAGGAAAGAAGAGACGUUCAGUGGUGCCCUCGGCUGAAGCUGGCCGCGCAGAACACGGCCCGGCCUUCUCUGUCAGCAUGAGACACGCCUUCGUACCUUUUUCAGGCGGGAUGAUAUUGGCAGCUGACUAUUCUCAGCUGGAGCUGCGAGUGUUGGCUCACCUCUCCAAGGAUCAGCGUCUUCUGCAGGUGCUGAACGGAGGAGCCGACGUGUUUCGUUGCAUCGCCGCCGAGUGGAAAAGCGUCGAUCCGGAGUCUGUGAAGGACGACCUCAGGCAACAGGCAAAACAGAUUUGCUACGGUAUUAUCUACGGGAUGGGAGCCAAGUCUUUGGGGGAGCAGAUGGGAGUGGAGGAGGAGGACGCGGCCUGCUACAUAGAAAGUUUCAAGGCCAGAUACAAAGGGAUCAACGCUUUUCUUCGAGAAACCGUGAAGAAGUGUGUAAAGAACGGCUACGUCCAGACUCUGAUGGGCCGUAGGAGAUACCUGCCGGGCAUCACCAACGCCAACGGGCACGCCAAAGCACAUGCAGAGCGCCAGGCAGUGAACACAACGGUGCAGGGCUCGGCGGCAGACAUUGUUAAACUUGCCACCGUGAACAUCCAGAAACGACUGCGGAAAAUGUAUCCCGCAGCUCCGCUGUCUCACCAGCACGCGUGUCCAGCCGGCGGUCACCGUGGGGUCGGGGCGUCUCGACUCAGAGGGGCCUACUUUAUCCUGCAGCUGCAUGAUGAACUCUUCUAUGAAACCGCGGAGGAAGACCUCAUACAGGUCGCUCAGAUAGUCAAGAGGGAGAUGGAGUCGGCAGUAAAACUGUAUGUGAAGCUUAAGGCCAAAGUCAAGGCGGGACCGAGCUGGGGCAACUUGCAGGACCUAGAUAUAUAAUGUGAAUGUUUUCAUGUCGACAUAAAGGACAGUUCAUCCCCCUAAAUCUAAAUACACAUUUUCCCUGUUACGCCAAAUAGUCCCAUUAUAUUGGAGAGAGGGCAGAUAUCUCCAGAACUAGGCAAUUUACACCGAAACAAGCUAGAUUGAUAAACAGCACUAAAGGUAAGAGGGGAAAAUAUGUAGUUUUCAAUUUUGGGGUGUACUGUCCCUUUAAGGCUCUGUAAUGUUAUUACUACUGCAUCACACUAAUCUAUAUAUUUUUUAAUUGCUACAUUAAUAAUGAAAUGAGAUGAAUACAUGCAUAUGAGCUGUAAAUGAACUGUUGAAUGUAUUUAUAUUUAGUGACAUUUUUUGUAAAAUGUGGAUUUUCAUUUGCUGAUAUUACAGAUUACUUGCCAUGAGCUUUUAUGGACAAUGAUAAUCUAUGUAAUGUAAUAACAUGAAAUGUUCUCGAUUUCUUUUCUGUGCUGCAACAAUUAUUGUCCUUUAAUGAUUAUCGUGAUAAGUGUUUCGUGGUGAUCAUUUGUUUUAUGAAAUGUCAAAAAAAACAAAUCAUAGGAAAAUGUUUAUCACAACUUCCCAGUGACAAUGGUGAUGUGAAAAGAUUCACUUUACAAUGAUAUAUGUAAAGGAAAAGCAGCACACCUGCAAGUGGAGAAUGUUUGGUCUUUUUCUCCACAAUUUUUAAUUAAUAAAUCAUCAAAACAGAUACAGAUUAUUUACUAGCACUAUCCUAUCUACCGUGGUGCAUUCAGAACAAAAAGAUGCGGAGCAGCUAUAGUCUGGAGGACAUCCUGAAAAUCUCACAUUUUAGACCGUUGGUUGAGUUGUCAGUCACAGGAACAUACAUCGUCAUCAUUGUCGCACAACAGUUCAAUUUUACGCUUAUGAAAGAAAAGUGUCAACAUGUGACGUUUUCUGUAAAAAGCCAAAUUCACCACCUCUGGUUACGGGGAGAAAAAUAAACGUGGUC